AUGAAAGCUCACUGCUUCACAGAAGAGGAGAAACGCCUCAUGGUGGAGAGAGUCAGGGCCAACCAGACUGGUUUGCAGAGCAAGAAAUGUAAGAAUGAGCAUCUCUUGAAGCGUCAAGGAUCCUCAGACUUGCUUCACAGAUCGAUAAUAACGGAGAGCUCCAGACAACUUCCUUCGGAACAGGAAUGGGUGACACGUUACAAUUCUACAGAGAUAUCCCGCUUACUGCUAUGCCAUACGGCCAAGCUAUAUAAUGGCACUUGGUGA